AUGCAUGCUCAAAUGCAAACUUUUGGGCAACAAAUGCAAGAGAUAAGAUCUCACAACAAGAUGGUUAAUUCACAACUAGCUCAAUUGACCGAGAGAGCUCCUUUCAAUUCACCAUCUACUCUAUCCGGACAACCACAACCUAACCCUUCUCACAACUCAAAACCCGAUACAUGCAAGGCGAUCACAGGUUCAGGAACUUCCUAUGAAGGGCCAAAUGAGGGGGAUAGUGAGGAAAAGAAGGGAGGACAGGAGAGUGUGAAUGAAAACAAGGGAGGUGAGAAAGAAAAAUUUGAUGAGAUAGAAGGAGGUUCGGAGAAGAAUAAACUUGACAAUGAGAAGACAACUUCAAUUCCUAGUGAGGCUAGGAACCUUGAUGGACCGGUUCCUUUUCCCGGUCGGCUUGCGGAGAGGAAGUUGAAUGACAAGUGCUUAUAUCUCAUGGCGGACGAUCAUGAUCCUCGUUUGGUAGAGGACAUUGACGAUGAUGAGUAUGAGGACGAGUACGAGGAUGAUGACUCUGAUGAUAGUGAUGCUCCUUAUGAUGUGAAUAAGGAGGAUGACUUGGGUGAGCCAGAGGAUCAGGCUCAAGAUGAGUUCGAGCGUAGGCUUGACGAUUUUGAAAUGUCAGCUGAACGUGCACCGGCCAUUGAAAAUACAGCACGUGAGAUUGUUGGUGAGAACCUGACUCCUGAAAGUCAAGGCCAAGGACAAGAUGAAAACAACACAGGUGGUGGAGGGGGGGAAAUUGCACCGGCUGAAAGAAAAACAAGGGGUCCGACGAGAAGCUUUAAGAAACUGGACGGUCCCAUGGUCUUAGAGUAUGACAACAAAGGCCAACCCGGGCCCAAAUGGCGUCGACAAUAUGCUAAUCAAGUUGGCUUAUGUUCGCGGAAAAUCCCCAUUACACUUGUAAUGCGGCAAGUACCUCCGGGUUUGAUUCAAGCAUUUUGGGAUGAUACAAGGAGGCAGUUUUCUAUUCCUAAUGAUCCCGAGAAGAAAAGGGUGUUUGUCUCUUUAUUAGGGGAAAGAUUCAGAGGCUUUAAGACCAAGUUGACUAAUCGGUGGAUCCAUAAGAAGAAGAAGGUGCAAACAAAGAAGAAGAAUGCCAAAGAGGAUAACCGUCUCCCGUGGCAAAUAUGGCCGACCGUGUCAAAAGAUGAUUGGGAAGAGUUCGUUAGAAUGAAGAGUCAAAAGAGAGCCAUUGUAAGUUUGUGUAAAUCUGAUGUCAAUUGAAUAAUAGCUUGACACUUUUUGUAUUAAUGAGACUAACAUUUUUUGUUUUGUAGGAACUUCGAGAGCAAAAUCAAGCAAAUGCAGAAAAGAAGGAAUACGUCCAUCGUAUGGGUCCUAAGACUUUUGCUGAAAAGAGA